ACGCGGAUCGGGUGGUGCCCUCGCUUCCUGGGUCGGAUCCACUGGGAAGGUCUCGAGAUACCUCGUUUUUCGGGAUAGUCGCGACGAGUUCUCGGGUCGCAUUUUACGAGACCUCGCUUCCCGAGGCGGCGUCGACGAAUCCCUCGUGUCUCUCGAGAGCGGAUUUCUCGUUUUCGUCGGAUUCCCCGCGUUCUCGAACUCGGUGGGCUCAGGUGUAGCGCAUUCUCCGAGACCCAAAGAAGGGAUCCGGAGGGUCCCUCGGGGCAAAGCGUGGGAGCGAGGGUCGCGGGGCCGAGCGGGAGGGAGGCGGCGAACAAUGGCCGGAACGCGCAGCCGGCGGUGACUCGACGUCGGAAGUCGGCCGGACAGCGUCGGGACGCGCGGCCCAGAUCUCCGCUACUUGGAAUCGCUCGGGGAUCCGACGUAUCUCGCUCUCCGAGAACCCGAAGACGAUCGGCGGGGAUUUUCCGCCGUCGGCUCGGAGUAUCCCGACGCUCCGCAGGUGGUCGUUGGAGAGGAAAAAGGGGAUCGUUUGUAGAAAUUGUUUUAAAAAAAAUUCGAGCCCUCCCCUCGGCGCCCACGUGGACGCUCCCCGCCCCGCCCGCGAGCGGAAUGCGCAGGGCCGACUCGGAAGCGGACGCGAGCGGUGACACCUGCUGGGCGGACCUUGGGGCAGGUCGUGCGCGCGGCCUAGGUCAGGGUCAAGGCCGCGGGCAUGGCGCCCGCCAACGUGCUGGACUGGUCGGAGCCCUGCCAGCGACUCCGAUACCCUAGGCUCUACCCUUCCGCGAAACUCGCCCCUCCCGCUCCCGACGCCGACGCCGGCGUCGCCAAGGGCGCCGACACCGCCUACAAGAAGAUCUGCAAGUUCCUCAGGGCGCUGCGCUCGCGGAAACGUGGUGCAAUGUACAAUGCAGGCAAGGAUGGCAGCAAAGUGACGACAGUGGUGGCCACUCCCGGAGCCGGUCCUGACCGUCCUCAAGAAGUCUCCUACACCGACACCAAGGUAAUCGGCAAUGGCAGCUUCGGGGUCGUCUACCAGGCCAAACUCUGCGACACUGGCGAGCUGGUCGCCAUCAAGAAGGUCCUCCAAGACAAGCGGUUCAAAAACAGGGAACUGCAGAUCAUGCGACGCCUCGAGCAUUGCAACAUCGUCAGACUCAAAUACUUCUUCUACUCCAGCGGUGAUCAGAAGGACGAGGUUUAUCUCAAUCUAGUCCUGGAAUACAUCCCCGAAACUGUGUACAAAGUUGCCCGACACUACAGCAAGAGCAAACAGACGAUACCGAUCAGCUUCAUCAAGCUGUACAUGUACCAGCUGUUCCGCUCGUUAUCGUACAUCCACUCGCUGGCGAUCUGCCACCGAGACAUCAAACCGCAGAACCUGCUUCUGGACCCGGAGACCGGCGUGCUCAAGCUCUGCGACUUCGGCUCGGCCAAACACCUUGUCAAAGGAGAGCCUAAUGUGUCUUACAUAUGCAGUCGUUAUUAUCGCGCGCCCGAGCUGAUAUUCGGUGCUAUCGAUUAUACCACGAAGAUCGACGUGUGGAGCGCAGGUUGCGUCCUGGCGGAGCUUCUCCUCGGGCAGCCGAUCUUCCCGGGCGACAGCGGCGUCGACCAGCUGGUGGAGAUCAUCAAGGUCCUGGGCACGCCGACCCGCGACCAGAUCCGCGAGAUGAACCCGAACUACACCGAGUUCAAGUUCCCGCAGAUCAAGUCGCACCCCUGGCAAAAGGUGUUCAGGGCACGCACGCCCCCCGAGGCGAUGGACCUGGUGGCCCGGCUGUUGGAGUACACGCCCUCCCUGCGAAUAGCGCCUCUUCAGGCUUGCGCCAGCCCCUUCUUCGACGAGCUCCGGGAGCCGGGGACCCGGUUGCCGAACAACCGGGAGCUGCCGCCGUUGUUCAACUUCACCGAGCAGGAGCGACGGGUCUCCCCGGGUCUGAUAUCCCGGCUGAUCCCGAAGCACGUCAAGAGCACCGAGAGCACCGGGGCCGGCCAGUCGGAGGCGACGAGCGCGGCCGCGGGCGCCAGCGGCAACUCCAACGACAGCGCCGUCAGCACGACCACCCCCACCACCACGCAGAACGCGGACCCCAGCCAGUCGACCAUGGCUUAAGCUUCUUUACUUUGUUAACGUCAUCGGAAGAGAGAAAGAGAGAGAGACCUCGAGGAGGCGGGAGAGGUAGGGCUAGGAAAAGAGUGGGCUGACGGGGGGAGGGUGGAGAGAGAGGCAGGAGAACUCGACCCAGAAGACCGGGGCAACGAGAGCGCGUUCGAGCUUCCUGGAGGAGGAUCGUGUCCCGUUGUAAAUUGAACUCAAAUGUACCGGGGACGCGAGCGAGGGAGCAACCCUCGAAGCCCGGGGGCCCGGACUCGCCGGAAACCCGCGGUCCAGGGCCGACUUCCUCGGGGGUGAGACCGGAGGACCGCGAUGAGGCGGCUCCCUCGGCGGUCGCGUCCUCGACUCUUGAAUUCAGUGUAUAUAUAGGAGAACUUGGCUCGAAAGCCUCCUUGGAAAUGGGCGACGCCUCCUUGGAGGCGGCGACGCUGGUUGACGGGGAGAGACGGUGGGGGAGGAGGGGGGUAGGGGAGGGCAGGAAAAUGUAUAAUCUAAUGUUUAGUAGCGUUACGUCGCUUCCGUCGUCUUUUUAUUAAGUCACUACGAAGCUAGCUUCUGAGAGAGAGAAAGAGAGAAAGUGUGAGCGCGUGAGGGGGGGAGAGAGGGCGUGUCAGGGUGCGUGAGUCUGUGUGCGCGGGUUGGGGGGACGCGGCCGGGGUAGGGGGUGCCGGAGGUUGGCAGGAAAUGGACGGGGAACCGAGAUUCGAGGGUGCCGGUCGACGAUCCGCCCGACGAGCGGGGACGGUCGGUCGCGACGCGAUCAGCUGAUUUUGACGCGGUACCACGUGGUCGGUCAACCACGUGGUCAGCCGGCGGCCGCGCCCUCGGGCUGAAAGGACCUCGACCCUCUUCCUCGGCGACGCGCGACGCCCAGGAUCGUUUCAUGGGAGAGUUGGCUCGAGGAUACCCGAGGAGUUGAUUGGUUUUCUAUGGUAUAUCGCGCGGCGCCGAGAAUGGGGUCCCGGGGAACGACCAGAUUUUUUCUGAUGCCGGUUUCGACGGUCGCUCGGUUCGCGGGGCAGAAGACACCUUGGAAAGGCGGUCAAUGGAGGGCUCUUCGAGAAAGGGGAGGUUUCGAUCGAGGGGAGCCGUGACGCCGAAGAGACAGCCAUAUUCGUGCUUAUCGGUCACGCCUCGGCUGUUCCCCGCGCGGUCGCCGAUAACCGAUUACGCCGUCGCCGCGUCACGGUCGCGAGCGCCGCGUCUCGAUCCCACGGGGAAUAGGAAGAGGGGGGACGCGAGGAGGGAGAGGAAGAAAAAAAAAUAUAGGAGAAACGGACGAGGAAAACGUAAGGUCCUUUCGUUAGGGUGCGACGAACUUCUGACGCGUAACAGAGGCGAUUUAUUUUUAAGCGGACCCCGGCGUGGCAAGGACGUCGGGCGAGAUCGUUAACACUCGCGAAUGCGACGAGAACGACACGAGAUAUUCCACGCGGAUCUAUAUGUAUAUACGUACAUCUAUAUACAUACAUAUAUAUAUAUACAUACACGGACAAAAAUCUCUCCUUUUCGAGCGCCACCCGAGCAAGUUACGGCAGCGCGAGCCCAGCGCGCGGAGCCCCCCGGGACGGCCGUACGUGUUUGUAUGAAUUAUUUUGUACAUAGAUCGCAAGGGACGCUCUCCCAGGGCCCCGCUCGUCGUUUCCACCGUCCGGAUGCGGCGGCUCCGCGCGUUCACCACUCCUCGCGACCGGUCGACCACGCGAUUGUCCACCGUGCACCUACAUAUCAUUGCAAGGAGGAGCGAGGACGACCCUCGUCGAGAGACGUCCGACCGUGUUUCAGUUCCUUGAGGGGGGUGGGGGGAGAGGAGAGUCGCAGGAUUCGAGGUCGUAGAGCGAGAAGAAGGGGAGACGAGAGAGACGACCGUCGCGUGACCCGACGAGAGCGAAAUCGCGAGGACUACACAGGAGGGCGUGAGAGCGAGAGGGAGGGAACGAGAGCGUGUGCAAGAGAGAAAGAGAGAGAGAGAUCUUAGCGUUCGAUUUAGAGUUUUAUCGAUGUUGAUAUUUCAAUUAAGUUUUUAACGACUACUCUUUUUAAGUAAGACGCCCCGCGUUUAGGUUCGAGCCAAAUCACAUUAGUUCUGUCCCGCCCUCGAGACGAGCGCCUCGCCGUGGGGGCCUGGAUGGGCGUCCACGUCGAGGCGUCCCUCUCCGACGACGAUCCCGGAUAGAUAUCGCGUCCUCUCCUCGUCGCCGGCCGCUCCUGACGGGAGCGAGAUAGCACUAGGCGGGGGGUAAGCGCGAGAGGCAGGAGGAAGCUCCGGGUAUCCGGAAUAGGACGACGAAGAGGGAGGAUUGGCCGACUCGCCGGGGCUCGUCGCAAUUUAUUGACUCCAACGUAAAGUAUAAGUUAUUUAUUUUAGGACCGCGCUCCCUCCCGGGAGGUCGGAGGUAGCCCGACGACGACGCGCGGACUCUCUUCGGGGUGCGGGAAAAUCGGGUGAGGGUGACCGGGAUUUUUAGCCUCCCUCCUCGGUCCCCCGCGAUCCCCUCCCGGGGGAACCCCUUGGCGGAUCGUCGGCCAGCUCUGUCGUAAACGUUAACCCUUAACACUACUAAUCGAUAAACAAAUUCAUUGGUUUAGUUUGGACCCAUUCGUCUCGUGUGCCUCUUGUGUAUGCGUCUCGAGCGUGCCUCCGCACUCGGUGUUAUAGGGAGUGCCGAGCGAAGGAAAAAUAUAUAUAUACAUGAAGGGAAAAAAAAUGAAAUAAACGAGAGAGAAAAAGAACCAGGCCGUCUUAUCAUCGAGCCAGUCGUUGUCCCGGGGACUCGAUUUUUGUCGGCCCUCUUCGGGGUCGGGUCCGGUCGACGUAGCAUCCCUUUCGACGGCCCCGUAGAUUCAUGGGGUGUACGCCCCUCGAGCACUCCGGCACGCGCGACGGGGAACCGCGAUGUGGGGGAAGAGAUCCCGUGUAAAAUACUGAAAGUCUAUAUAUAUAANAUAUAUAUAUAUGCAAAUUAAUUUUAAUAAUAGCAAUUAACGAUAACGUCGCUACUGUUGUGUAAAGAGACGAGAGAGAGGGAGAGAGUGAACGAAAGAGAGAGAGAGAGAGAUAGAGAGACAGAGCUUUGUGAAUUAGAGCAAAAUUAUGACUCUCGAGUAACUAUAUCCUCACGUGCAUGGCGUUUUCAUCACUCGCGAUCGCUAAUUGAAAGAUAUUAAUCCUAUCGGACGAUUCUAUCACCGCCUUUUUCCUUCAUCUUGCGUCGCUCUCUUGACACUUCGUAUCCACCUAAGUCAGACCACGCGGAGGAGGGGACCGAAGACGAUGACGGUCCGACCUUGCGAUCGACGUUACUGGCGCGUCCGAUAUGUUAACCCCUGACGAAUACAGAGAAAGAGAGAGAGAGAGGGGGCGGAAGAAUUGAGAUUUAUCGAUGGGUCAAUGUUUCACUGGCAAUUAGACUAAGCCGCGCCGAUCGUCGGGGUCUUACUCCUGUCCUCGCGGCGUUCGAGCUACUCGAUAGAGCGCGGUUCGGUAUACCUAAGCGUACAAGCUGCACGCAUUCGUCCACACCCACGUAAUUACCCGCAUGUAAUUAGAGAGGUACUCGGUGGCGACGCGAAAGUCUCUCUUAGCGUUAGGCUGCGACCUUAGGGACUCCGGGGGCUGAGGGGAAAUCAUCCGGGAACGUCGAUUUACCCGGUCAUCGACGACAAGGUUAAUGAUUUGCUAAUGUAGAAGCCGAGUCGACCGUCCAGCUGGUCCAUCGCCUAGGACUGACGCGCGGGUCGGUUCAUUUUUUUUUUUUCCGCAACACCUAAUGCAACGCGUCGAUGUCAAUUUUUUAAUCGAACCUGGACAAGACUGGCAAUGGAUCGGCCGAUCGGUCGACGCGGCGACUUAGUGUGCUAACGUAGCGAAUAAAUUAAUCGGGGCGUGUUGCGCCCAUUUUCGCCUCUCCCCGAGAGGUCGGGGCAUGUCGGAGGGAUUUUGCGAGGUCGAGGGCGACGAUGGGCUUCCCUCGGCACGCCCCGAAUUAUAUAUUAGAAAAUAAAGGAAAUUUCGUUGAGGCCGAGGAGGCCGGCCGGCCGGAAGUCGAGGAGGACGCACCUUGUUCCUCGUAACGCGUCGCCGCGCUUUCCGCGGCGGGCUCGAUUCCUAAAAACAAAUCCGUCGAGAUUUUCCGAAGUCUCCCGAAAUUUCUCGCGGGCGACUGGACCAAAAUCCCCGGAGUAACGGGUCGACAAACUCUGCGAGGUCGACGGCAGAGGUCUCUCGAUCGGGCUCUUCGAGUUCCGGCCGACCCUCUCCCUCGCCGAGGUCGGGCCGGGUCGCGUCCGGCCCGCGCCGACGUUAAAGAUAAUUCAUUUCUAGCUCUGGAUCGAUCCCCACUCGAGUCCUGCUUUAGGGAGGUGGCGGCGACUUAAAGGGCCACCCUUAGGAGAAAAAGGUGUCGCGAGAUCGCAGGGACACCGCGAGCUUCCAGGAUCACGAGACGAUCGGGUCCGCCCGCGACUUUGGGAAGCGUCUCUCGGCGCCGGGGAGACGGCAGGGCUGGUACCCGGGUAAAAUAGUUUCUCAUAUCGAAAUUCCAUCAAAAUGACGGCACUCCCCCUUCUUCUUCUCGGUCACCCCAGCCGGGGGUGAUCUCCGCGACCGCCCUUCCGGAUUAUCCGAGACGCCGAUUUCGAGUACACAGGGUUCCCCUAGUUUUUACGGAAAUUCCUCGAGAUAUAAGACUUUAUUUUCUUUUUUUUGUCUCUGUACCCCCUUAUAAUUUAAAUCCACGACCAAUUCGAAACGAACGACAGUCCUCAUUUUGAAGGGAAUUGUAUGUAGAAUUAUUUUAAAUGGGCUCCGAGCCCUGAGAGACGGAGCUCUUUUAUGGAGGUCGUCGCAACCGACGGGAGUUUUUGUCGACCAUUGAUUUUUAACGGUCGUUUGACGACUAUCCGGAGCGUUUCCUCCGUAGGUCGGGAGCUAGGGCGCGAUGAAAAUGUUACGUGUAAAGUGUUAAGAUAUAGUCGCCCUAUACGACCCUUUAACCCUCGCGCGACAUGUGUACAUUUCCCACGCAGAUUGCUCGUAAUUAUUAAAUUCUUAAAAGUGCUGAACACGACCGUUGAUUUCGCCUCCCUCGAUUUUCGGUCUCUCGCCGAUGGCUUUCUCCGUCGUGUAUGUAAAAAGAAAUGUAACGUUUCGAUGAUAACGCGAAAGGAGGGCAUUGGCAGAUUCCGUUUCGCUUUAAUAUACGUGCGUCUUCGCCGAUGUAAUUAAUAUUACCGCGGAUCGUCGUUCGAGGGAGACCGCGAUCUCGCAACGUUGUCACGGGUAUCGCUCCCGAGUUGCCCUAUUUUUUCUUUUUUUUCAAUCUCCGUCUUUUUGCAUGACACGUUAACAAAGGUCUACCGUCGAAUAUCGAAGGCGGCAGAAAGCUUUCGACGAGGGAUCCCAGAAAUUCGGCGGGCUUCGCACGAAAGUGUAUAAAAAGAUGGGUGACCCUUUCACGAAUUACUUCUUAUCGAUAAACGUAGACCGCAUUUAUAAAAUCACUCGCCUGUACAAUUAUCGCGAUACCCGCGGGAGUCUUUUUUACGUCUCUCUUUCGGUAAGUUUCGGCUAAUUUUUCGCUCCGAGGAUGCCUCGAUAAGAAACGAUUUUGACAUUUCGCUGAAGAGCCUUUGCGUACCAGGGGUAGAUAUACGGAAUAUGACGUGCAAUACACGAUGGGGGACGCAGAAAAUCUCGGCGUCCUUAGGGAGACAAUUAUUAUUGACCCUCCUCGUGAAUGACACUUAUCUCGAGUAUUUUUUAAACGUCUACCCCGUAAUCCGUACCGUUCUAGGCAAAGUUAACGUUUUCCCUCGUGGGUAGCACGACACCGCGCUUUUUUCCUCACGCGCACCGAAUCCGAUUUGUGCUUCGAGUCGACGAAAAGGAAUUCUCUCAUCCUUCGUAUGGAAAAAAG